AUGAGCCCUGUGCGCGCUCUGCAGGAGAUAUACAAGGACAGGAAGAAGUUCUCUGAGCAGGUCUUCAAGGUGGCCUCUUCAGACCUGCUCAACAUGGGCAUCAGUGUGGUCAGCUACACCCUGAAGGACGUGCACGAUGACCAGGAUUACCUCCACUCUCUGGGUAAGGCUCGCACAGCCCAGGUACAGAAGGACGCCCGCAUUGGAGAAGCCGUGGCAAAGAGAGACGCAGUGAUCCGGGAAGCUCACGCUAUGCAGGAGAAGGUCUCCGCUCAGUACGUGAAUGAGAUCGAGAUGGCAAAGGCGCAGAGAGACUUUGAGCUGAAGAAGGCAGCCUAUGAUGUGGAGGUCAACACCAAGAAGGCGGAGUCAGACCUAGCGUAUCAGCUGCAGGUAGCGAAGACGAAGCAGCGCAUCGAGGAGGAGAAGAUGCAGGUGCAGGUGGUGGAGCGAGCCCAGCAGAUCAUGCUUCAGGAGCAGGAGAUCACCCGCAAGGAGAGGGAGCUGGACGCCAAGGUGAAGAAGCCAGCCGACGCAGAGCGCUACCGCCUGGAGAGGCUGGCUGAGGCAGAGAGGCUCCAGCUCAUCAUGCAGGCUGAAGCAGAGGCUGAGAGCAUCCGGAUCAAGGGAGAAGCUGAGGCCUUUGCAGUGGAAGUUAAAGCCAGGGCAGAGGCAGAGCAGAUGUCGAAAAAGGCCGAAGCUUUCAAGCAGUACAAGGAAGCUGCCAUGGUGGACAUGCUGCUGGAAAAGCUGCCGCUGAUUGCAGAAGAGAUCAGCAGGCCUCUGUCUGAGUCUAGGAAGGUGACGAUGGUGUCGAGUGGCAAUGGAGAUGUUGGAGCGGCCAAACUGACCGGGGAAGUGCUGGACAUCAUGAAGCGCCUGCCUGAGGCCAUGGAGAAACUGACGGGUGUCAGCAUCAGUCAGCUCUCACUGGAAUCUUGAGCUUGCUGGGAAACCCGGACGACUGGGUUGAAAACCUCACAGGCUCUCGGAUUUUCUGCUCCCAGUGGAAACGUCUGCCUGUUUGCCUAUCCCUGUAUGCCUGUCUGCCUAUCCCUGUGUUUCUGUCUGCAUGUGCCCAGUGUCUGGUGGGAAGUGCCUGAAGUGCAUCUUAUAAAACACAGAGAACAAUUGUUGAACCGCAAGAUAUUUCAACCCCAUUUUCUCCAGUCAGUAAUGCAUUUUUUUUUUUUUGGAAAACAACCACCUGUUGCUUUUUACAAAACUUGAACCAAGCAACUGUGUGACAAAGACGCAGUUGCUUGUUUCACUUGCCUUCCUUUUCAUAGUUAUUUUGAGCUGACGUUGGAUCUUCACUGAAACACGAGGACAAUCUGUUAAUUGAACUUCACAGCUUAAUGCGAUACAUUUUGUCUUUUUUUUUUUUUUUCUGUACCGCUGGAACACUGCCUUUCCGAGGUGUGGCCCUAAUUAAACAGUAGAAUGUUAAUUAGAUUCCAAUACCAACAUAUUAUUAUUAUUAUUAUUAUUAUUAUUAUUAU